GCGUAGGGAACACUGGAGCUUCCUAUGCGAAAGGAAAGACGAAACAGACCCACAAUUCAUUGCGGCAGCGACAUUUAACGCGUCGCGCCGCGAACGGACCUAAACGAUUCAAUCCGGAGAAGAAGAAGAAGAAGAAGAAGAAGAAGAGGAAGAGUAUGAAUAUGGCCCAGAUGUCAGUCACUGUUACAUGUGAAUCAUAACACGUGAUGUCACGCGGUGGUGAAACACUGAAACAUGCCGACGGAGCCGCAGAGGUUUUUGUAGUUCAUCUUCGGAAACGUCACGGCGUGGUUUAGUGAAAGUGGAGUCGGAUUGUCUGAGCAGCGCCGUCGGUUUCUCCAAAGUCCCAUCAGUUCUCACUGACACCUUUCUUUGACCUCGUGACCUUUGCCACUGAGGUCAAGGGAAGAGUAGACAGGAAGGAGAAUUGGACCUCCAGUCUUUUAACUGGACGAGUUUCUAAAGAUGUGGAAAAUGUUCUUGGAUGCGGAUUGGCCCUGGAAAAACAAGAGAAGAUGAAAGUACAGCGUGUGACGUCGCUGCAUGUCAGCCAAUCGGAACCGGCCUGGUACGAUUGAAGCCGAGGAUCCUUUGACGCGGAGAGCGGUUCUGACGUAUCAAAGGAGCCGACUGUUUCAUUCCGCCGCUUGAAUGUUCAAACGUGCUCACAUGGGUCACGUCUUCACUCGCGGAGAGAGAGAGAGAGAGAGAGAACAGUCGCGAGUUCUGAUGUGAGCAGACGCUGUCGCCCGUGUAGUCGCAAACUAGUGGGAUAGCUUUUCCGUGUCGCGUCCCAAUGGAAGCGGCGGGAGACGGACCCCACAACGGUCUGAACUGUCCGUCCUUUUACCUGUACCCGCUCGGAGAUCGGCCGCUGGCCACGGAUCUGAACGAUAAUCACAUUGCCUGGUUGGAAUUGGUUUGGAAUUUGGAAGCAGACGAUCGCGAACUGGCCGCAGUGACGUUCAGAUAUGGACACGAUGUGAGCGACGGCGACGACGACGACGACGGCGACAGCGACGACGAAGUCUACAUUCAGGUCAUCGGAGGCGACGUUGUGGGCCGCGACAAUGACGGCGGCCUUCGCGACGGAGAGGACGCAGUCGGUGGCGGCGGCGGCGGCGGCCGGGUCGAGGAAGAAGACCCUCUGCCUGGGGGAUCCAGGAUGACGUCCGGAGAGAUGGAUGAACAGGACGACGAAGAGAGCAGCUCGAGUUUCAGGUGGUGGGAGGAGUCGGAUGACGACACCGACGACAACGACACCGACGACUACGACACCGACGACGGCGGCGACGCCGACGUCUGUGGCGACCGUUGUGGAAAGAGUCCGGUCAGAAGGGCGGCGGCUGACGCCGAGGUCGCCGAGGAAGGCGCCCCGCCCGGUCCGCCGGCGAAAAGGCCGGGAGGGUGCGGUACGGCAGAGGACGAGGCGAGCAGCGACAGCUCCAGACGCCGGCACGAGUCGGUCGACGGGGGCUCGGUAAGAACCGGCCAAGACCUCGCUCGCGGCGUCCGCGUUGAUCCGCUCGAAGGUGGAGAUCGCGCCGAGGGGGAGAUGGGCGCCGACAACCAGCCGGUGGAGAAGGAAGCCAGCGCGGCCGACGGCGGAGGAGCCCACCUGCGCGGCCCGGGUAGGAAAAGGCCCGGGGAGCGCGACAGGGCGGAGGAUGAGACGAGCAACAAAAGAUCCCGAUGCAUUCACGAGCGGGACGACAGGCGCUCGGUCCGGGCCGGCCGAGGUCUCGCUCACGGCGUCGGUAUUGACUUGGUCGGAGGCGGCGGGAGGCAGAAGGGCGGCGACGGCGACGACGACGACGACGUCCAGCCGGUCGAGGAGGAGGCGACGACGACGGCGCGGCCGUCGGGGAAGAGGUCGAGGAAGAGGCAGCGGGAGCACGACGAGGACGAGGACGAGGACCGGAGACACCGAAGGCCGCUCAAACGCGUGAGAUGAGGUCGACGAGUUGGGGGUUUGAAGCGGUCCAGAAAAAAAACUAUAAUGCAAGCACCUCUCUCUCUCUCUCUCUCCUCCUCCUCUUUGUUGUUUUAUCAUCUUUGUUUUCUUUCCGCUUGCAUACAAUGUAGAGUAUUCCACACCGCAGAGCUCGGGGCGGGGGCCACCAUGGUUGCCUCUGCGACCGCUGCACAAGCAGCCGCCUCACGCGGCCACGCCGGGUCGCUUGAGAGCAAGACGCCACGUGAGAUUUAAGAGGGAGUUCAUAAAAAGCAAUAAAGGCAACUGUGUCCUGUGAGCGGGCGGAAUGUGGA